AUGAUGGAUGCGCUAGAUGCCUCCGAGCUCGCCUAUGCCACCUACGGUGUUCUGACGCCAUACCUUGCUGGUCCCCCUGUCGCCGGCAGUCCAGGCGAUCGCAAUGCCAAGGUUCUCUGCUGCCCUGUCAUGCAAAGGCCCGGAGGUAUGCUCCUGGCACUGCCUGCCAACAGCGUGCCCCCAAACCUGCUUCUUGCAGGAGAGGACGCGGAUCCGACAACCUUGCAUGGACCUUCGACCGUUUUGGAUGUCCCAGCCGUCGAGGAGACCGAGGAGGGCGAGGAGCAGCCUGCCGGUGCUUCUCUCCCUAUCUUGCUUGUGGACGUUUCCGACAUGGCUGCGAGCCACCUUUCAGUGUACGAGCCUCUGGUGGACACUGGCGUGACACCUUUCGACCCAGAGCACCCUGGCAGGUUUCCCAACGUCGAGGCUUUGCUGGGUUUAGCUCGGGCUUGGCUGCACACCGCAGAUGCCGAAAGAAUGGGGUUUUACACGGCUCCGGAAGAAGAGCAGGUCGAGGAGGUGCCACGCAAUCCUCCAGCAGGCCCAAAGGCGGCUGCCAAGGCCCCCAAGACGAAGAAGCCUACCACGGCACAGCUGGCUUCUCAGCUCUCCUCCCUUCUAGAAGUCAUGCCCAAACUGGCCAGCCAGCUUGGCUCUCUGACAGAACGCCAGCAGGCUCUAGAAGAGCAGGUUCAGGCCAAUCAGGUUCCAGCAGCCCCGGUCAACCGGGCCACUCCCAUGCAGCCCCCGCCUGCGCAUCGCAUGCCUUUCCUUUUGCCAGCAGCAAACAAGGCCAGCCCCGACACCGCAUCAGCCUUUGCCGCUUGCUUCGGGCCCCCGCCAAAGGUCCGUGCAACUCAGCUUCUGGACCCUCCUCCUGCCCCGACGGUGGGACUGCCCGAGGAUGGGAGCGAGGUGCUAGAGGGUGCUGGGCUUGGAGCCUCCCUGGCUCAACAGAGCAACGCCCUGACUCUCCUGGUCAACCACUUGAUCAGCCAGGCCUCGGAGAACUCAGGAGACUUCGGCGGAGGAGGCCAGGGGUCAUCGGCCCUCUCUACAAAAGGCUCGGCAAAGCGCGAGAAGCUACAGGCGGAACUCGCGACCUAUUCAGGCAACUUCAUGCUGGCCGUCGCUCAGUCAGGCUUCAGGCGUAUGAACCCAACAGGGCCUUUGCCCCGGAGCCUCUCCGAGAUCCAAGGGUCGGCUGCGCCUUUCCGUUUCAGCGACUACCUGGAGCGUUAUGGAGGUUACCAACACCAGAGGGAGCUGGGGCUCAUCAUGUACAUGCUCAGCCAGGUCGCCGACCUCCUCCUGACUGGCGAGGUGGCGGGCAGUUUGGACUUGAUCUCAUUGAUGCUUGUGGCGACCGAACAGGCAGCGCAAGAUCAUGGGCGAUGGGAGGUUGCCUACACCCUUUCAUUGUUCCCGGACCCGCCUGCGCAGAUCUUUCAAGGACGAGGCACCCCAAACAAUCCUCGCCUGAGGGCGUGGGCCCCUCUCUGUCCCGCGCCGUGGGCCACGACCGCGCUGGCUUAUUUGAAAGAAGCCGACGCGAUUCUGGCAAGGAGGAACGAGGCCUCAGGGUCCGGGUCAGCGCCUCGCAGGACAGGUCAGGAGGAGGACUCGCCCAGAAAGGUGCCCUGCCCACUUGUUCGCUGUCUGCUCCUGUUAGCAGUGUGCCCUUUGCGGUCGCCCCCUCACCUGUCCGGGGCCAUGCGUGCCCGAUGCACUCAAGCAGUUUUCCUCCCUUUUGCAGCUUCGCUGGCUCGCCUCUGGUUCCGGGCCCUGAGAGCCCCCGCUUUGGUUCUGCUAUUCAUGCCUCACAUCACGCUUGCCUUGCGUCUCCCAGCCUUGUCGCUGCCGGCUCGCCUCCGGCCGUGGGUCGUGAGUGCCCACCUGUCCUGCCAUGCAACUUCUUCCACCCUGUCGCUGCUGGCUCGUCUCCAGCUGUGGGCCAUGAGUGCCUACUUGUCCACUCCUGCAAAAAUCCUGCGCCACCUGCCUCUGUCGCUGCCGGCUCGCCUCCGGCCAUGGGUCAUGAGUGCCCGGUCCAGCCAUGCAGAAAUCCAGUUCCACGCGCCCCUCCUGGACUUGUCCAUCCUGCGUUUUUCUCUGUCGCUGCCGGCUCGUCUCCGGCCGUGGGCCUUGAGUGCCCACCUGUCCUGCCCUGCAGCAAUCCAGCGCAAAGUGCACUGCUUUUCUCUGUCGCUGCCGGCUCGCCUCCGGCGGGCCAUGAGUGCCCACUUGUCCAGCCCUGCGGAGAUCCGUUUCGACGCGCCCCUCCUGGACUUGUCCCUGUCGCUGCCGGCUCGCCUCCGGCCGUGGGCCCUGAGUGCCCGCCUGUCCUGCCCUGCAGCAAUCCAGCGCAAAGUGCACUACUUUUCUCUGUCGCUGCCGGCUCGCCUCCGGCGGGCCAUGAGUGCCCACUUGUCCAGCCCUGCAGAGAUCCGUUUCGAUGCGCCCCUCCUGGACUUGUCCCUGUCGCUGCCGGCUCGCCUCCGGCCGUGGGCCCUGAGUGCCCACUUGUCCUGCCCUGCAGCAAACCAGGUCAAAGCGAACUGUUUUUCUCUGUCGCGGCCGGCUCGCCUCCGGCGGGCCAUGAGUGCCCACUUCUCCACAGUGCCCCGCCUGGACUUGUCCCUGUCGCAGCCUGCUCGCUUCCGGCCCUGGGCGCUGAGUGCCCUCUUGCCCCACUGCCUUCUAGCCCUGACGACGUCGGCUCAUCGUUCUCUUUUGCUGCCGACUCGUCCCUGGCUUCAAGCGCUUCUUCUGGCACUCAAUGCCCCAAAUCCCAGCAAAGGUCUGCUGUCCUGGCUGCAGCAGGACCAUGGCCCUACGGCAGGCUGCCUUUCUUUUCGACGGUGGUCGCUCUCUUUUGCUUUUCGGAUUAUCCGGACGAGGACCCCCUUCGCGGCCUUCCUGUCCUCCAUUUUGCACCUGCACCAGGAUGGCUCGAUGCCUCCUGCCAAGUCUCUGUUCCCGCUGCCUCUGCCCUACAAAGGAGUAUUCAGGCAACCGGACCCGCGCAUGAACUCCCGCGCCCGCGGACGCCUGGGCAUCCAACGAGUUGUUUUCGUGACCGUUGCGGCCCUCGACUACCUUCAUGCCGGCUGCUCUUUCGUGCCAAGAGCGGCCCUGCGGAGGCCGCCCAAUGCUGCUCAGACCAAUGCUCUGCGGUACAUUGAGAGGCUUGUCAGAGCUUGCGGUGCCAUCCCGCCUGUCAAUGUGCCGGCGGCGUCGCGCCGAUCAGCUCAAUUAAUUGCACGGCUUGGUGAAGUCUCAAGUUUCCUCACCAAAAUGGGCCCUUCUUUUGAUCCAUACGGGCCCGCUUUUCCGGGAGUGACCCAAACCUCUGAGGAGAAGGAAGCGGCCCUUUCUCCUUAUCGGUCGCUCCAGGUCGAGCGCCUUAAACUCAGUGGCCAGGGCAAUUGGGAUCCAUCGCCCUACCUUGAUCCUUCAUUGUACCUGGCUUUCAGGGAGCCGAACAGUCUGGUCUUGGAGGAGGUGGCCCCGCCAGGCCGGGCAGACGUCCCCCUCCUGAACCAAGAGAAGGUGCCUGAACUUGAGAAGGUCGCGCUGCUAUGGGAUGCUCGACGCCUGCUCGUUCUGCACGACGCUGGACCUCCUCUGUCCCGGCCCUACGAGGGCGUACGCCUGUUCAAUGCACUGAAAAACGAAACGACUGACAGACAGAUAGCGGACAGGCGCGGCCGCAACUGGGUCGAAGGGUCCAUCCCGGGUCCCUCUCGACAUAUUCCGACUGGAGUCGCCUUGACGGGGCUUUAUGUUUCGCCUUCCACCCAUCGGUUGUCCAUUAACAUCUCAGACAGGCGAGAUUUUUACCACCAGCUGAGGGUCCCUUUGCGACGAUCCCGUCGAAAUAUUUUGGUUCCCCCGCUCCCGACUUCGCGUCUUCGCGAGACGUGGGCUUACCAGGAAUUCUUGCAAAGGUCCGGGCCCCAAGUUCGCGAGCCUGCAGAGGCCAACCACGCUUCCCGGCCCGACCAUCUAUACCUUGGGUUUGGCGCUGUACUUCAGGGGGAUUCUUUAGGAGUAGAGUACGCGACAUCCUCUCACUCUAAUUUCCUGUCCAGCCAUGGUUUGUUGGGUGACGACACUCGAGUCCUCGGAUCAUCCUUGUUUCCUCCAGGUGGCAGAGACGGCCUCAUUGAAGGCCUCGUCAUCGACGAUUAUUACAGCAUCGCGCAGAAGCCUCAUGGUUCCGUGGAGCCUUGUUCGGCCGAGCUGGCUGCUGCUAAAGCCAAGGAGGCCUACGCUGACAGCGGUAUCCUCGGAUCUCCUGAAAAGGACAUCAACGACGCCCCAGUGGCUUCCUGCACUGGGGCUGAGGUAGACACUUCACCUUCUACCAUUGCCCUUGGAUUAGGUCUGGUAGGACCCUCCCGUGCCAAGAGGGUCUCGCUUGCGGCGGUUACCCUUGAGGUCGCUAGGCUCGAGGCCACUUCUGACCACUUGCACCUUUGCCUGCUUGGCGCUUGGACUUCGGGAUUGCUCUACCGUAGACCCCUAAUGUCGGUGCUUGAUAGAUGCUACAAGCUCAUUGAUGCUUCUCAAGUUGAGCCCGACCAGGUCAAGGUUGUACCCCUGCCGAGGACCACCGCGGAUGAGCUUGUGCUGCUUGCCGCGCUCACUCAUAUCUUGACAGCCGACAUCUCUGCGCCAUGGCUGUCUUGCCUCUUUGCCACCGACUCCUCCGACGAUAAAGGGGCAAUCGUCCAGACCAGUCUGCCUGAGCACGUGUCCCGUUUGCUUUGGCACUCGACCCAGGGUACAGCCAGUUCUGCCAGGCUCCUUUCCAGAGAACGGGUUGCCCUGCGUCGUGUUGACGAAAUGUUUGAGGAGUUGCCGGGCGACGGCGUUUUCGAGCCUCCCAAGGCUGGGCCCGCGAAGCCCCUUGCUCUCCGCUUUCAUUUCAUCGAAGUUUGUGGGGGCACUGGCAAGGUCAGUCAGUAUAUCAGAGAGUUCGGGUGGCGCACCGGGCCCCUGCUCGACAUCACUAUCUCGCCCGAGUAUGACUUUACUUGUGUUCGAGUCCUGGAAUGGGUCCUCCAUUUAAGCACGGAGGGGCUCGUUGAUGCUGUGUUUGUCCGACCGCCCAGCGCCACUUUCUCAGAUGCGGUUCGUCCGGCCCUUCGCUCCUGGGCCCAGCCGUUCGGGUUCGAUCCCUCUGAAAGGAGGACCAAGCUUGGCACUGUCCUCGCUCUCAGAAGCCUAACUGUCCUCAAGGCCUGCCACGACCACGGUAUAGCCUCUGCCUUGGAACAGCCUCGAAAUUCGAAGAUGAUUCGACUGCCCUCUUGGAAGGCUGUUGCCGCCCUGCCUGGCGCCUCUGAGAUCUUCACUGUCGGCUGUGCUUUUGGAACGGCUUGCAUGAAACCUUGGCGCUUCCUUGCUGUUGCGUGCGACCUGUCCUCCCUCACGAGGUGCUGCAGCAAGGACCACACGCAUGUCCGGUCCCAAGGCCAUCAGACUACAAAGGCUUCUGCGGCAUAUCCUGAUGCCCUUGCGCUAGCCAUUGCUAAAGCUUUCUCGCGCGCCAUCUCUCUCAGGCACGCUGCCCUCGAGUCAUGCUCCCUUGAGGUCGAAGGUUUGGAAUCUCCGCUUGUAAACCAGCUUGCCCAGGCCGGCAACUGGAAGGUCGUUUCGGUUUGGACUUGGAGAAGGCCUGUCCACAUCAACCUCCUCGAGACGGCCUGCGUCUACCGGCUUUGCUGCAAGUUGGCUCGUCAAGGCCUCGUUGCUGCCAGGUUCUGCUCUUUGUGCGACUCCAACGUUGCCCGCUGUGCCAUCGCCAAAGGGCGCUCCCCAUCUGCAGGUCUCAAGAAAGGUUUGAGGAGAAUUGGAGCUGUGUGUUUGGCCUUCGGUCUGUAUCCGGCCGCUCCCUACUGCCCUACCAGACUCAUGCCAGCCGACCAUCCGACUCGCGACAAGCCCCUGCCUCCUGCACUGCCGGGCUUUAGUCUCUCCCAAUUCAGCUCUCAAGAGCUUAGGUGCCUGGCUGCCCUUCCGAAGCUCCGCCGAUGGGCCGCAGGUUGGGUACGCCUGCUUCUGCUCCUGUCUGACUUCCGCCCGGCCGGGCGCCCCGAAGACCGCUUUCGAUGUCGUUCUUUUAGAACCUUUGUGCCCUCCCCCCUUGCCUUUGACGCAACUCUUGGGUACCCUGGUGAGGGCCCUUGCUGGUUCUACUGGCUGGUGCUGCUGUGGGUUGGGUUUUCAGGGGUUCAGGGUCCUUCUGCCUUAAGCCCUUCAGUCCUGAGCCAUGGCCCACCUCCGCGAAACGCUGGUGACCUGGAACGCAUGAGGCGCAGGGCUGGAGAUCCUCUGCCCCUGGGACGGCCUGUCGAAGCAAAAACCAAGGCUCGCCGAGACCAGCUCUGGUCAAGCUUCCUAAUGUGGCUCAAAGAGAAUGACAUACCUUCUGCGCUUUUCGAGGACACUGCAGGAUAUGUCGACGUCGAUGGCAUCAAUGCUGUUCUGGUACGAUACGGUAGACAACUCUACACCAAUGGGAGGCCGUUCUCUCACUACAGCGAGUUGCUCAACAGCUUCACUGCCCGUGUGCCGAAGUUGAGGCGGUUAGUACAACCCGCGUGGGAUAUCGCUUUCUCUUGGAAACGAGCUGAACCAAUCGAACAUCAGGUUCCCUUGCCUUGGCAGGUGCUGAUCAGUUUGCUGACGCUCGCGCUAAGCUGGGGCUGGACCCAGGUAGCGGCAGUCCUUGCGUUGGCCUGGGGUGGCCUUUUGAGGAUAGGAGAGGUGCUGGCAGCACAGCGCAAGCACUUGCUUUUGCCCAUCGACUUCGGCCACACCCUUGAGUACGCUCUGCUUUCUAUAGGCGAGCCAAAGACCCGUUACAAAGCUGCGAGGCACCAAGCUGCUAGACUAGAUCAACCAGAUCUUCUCCAGGUCGUUGCUCUGGGCUUCGAGAAGCUGACGGCCGAGGACCGCUUGUGGCCGUUCUCGGGCCAGACGCUACGUAACAGGUUCCGGCAGCUUUGCAACGUUCUGGGCUUACCUUGCUCUCACAGCUCCGGCCUCCCGUGGCUGGAGCUCGCUUCGCUGCGAGCCGGAGGCGCAACCUGGCUGAUGAUGCAAUGUGAAGACUCGGAGCUGGUGCGGAGACGUGGUCGCUGGUUGACAUCACGUGUAACGGAGAUAUACGUGCAGGAAGUGUCAGCGAUACAGUUUUUGCCACGGAUGAGAUCGAUGUACGGCGGGAGCCCUGCAAGCUUGGGGACACUGGGACCGAGGCGAGAGUACACCUCUGCCUCUGGCGGCCUCGCCGCGCCGUCGUACAGCGGCACCUUCGGGGCGCGCUUCAGCUCAAAGCUCACACCCCAAGAGAAGGAAAUCAUCGACGUUGCUUUCGAGUCUUUCAAAGACGAGUCGGGGUACAUCACCACGGAGAGGCUCAAGGAAGCCUUCGAGGCCAUCGAUCAGCUGGGGGACAUUAGCGACAUUCAGAUGCUCUUGGAUAGCAUCGACCAAGACGGCGACGGUAAGAUCGACGAGGAUGAGUUCCGGCACAUCAUGACGCGGAAGUUCCUGGGCGAGGACGAUGACUCCUCGUUCGUCCAUGCCUUCGAGAUGUUGGAUGUCAACAAGGAUGGCUACAUCCCCAUGGCCGAUCUGAGAAGUGUGCUGAUGAAGGAAGGCAGCCAGCCCCUCAGCGAACAGGAGGUCGACGAGCUCAUGAUGUUCGCCGACAUUGAAGGCGAUGGCCUCAUCGAGUACAAGAGCUUCCUGCGCUGGCUGAGCAACCCCGAUGCUUUCCGCUAG